CUCUCAGCUUCUAUCUAUCUGUUCUCUGUGUGUCAGUGGAGAUGGAUGUAUAAGAACACCUCAUGAUACUGGCUCCUCCCCUCAUCUAACAACACAAGAGACCUGAGAAAAGGAGAGACAGGAGGGAGCGAGGGAAGAGAGAGGGUGAGUGAAUGUAAGAGAUAUGUUUAUACUAGGACAGGCUCAAAUUCAACGGCAUCAGCGCACCGGUGCUCAUGUAAAGUGGGAAAUUAAAGCUCAGACACGCAGAGUCUCAGGAACGGUGGGACAUUUUUUACUUGGAAUAAAUUGCUUGCCUCUGUCCGAGGGCUGCGUGAAGAAAUAAAGCUCAGAAUUAUGUGAACAUGAACUUGGGUGAAAACUGCAAAACUACAGUUUUACAAGUUCACAUAGGGUGGUGAAAUAUCUCAACGCUCUUCAUAAGCACAGCAGCUCUUAUGUCAACUAACCAUCACGAAGCAAAACUGCAGCUUUAAAGAACUGAACGAGGCUCCUCACAAAACACAUGGAUUACAUGGAUUAUUGCUGCUGAUUCAAGAAAACAGAGCAUGGAGAUCUUCUCAAGAGAGGCAGGUUGGGAAGGAUCCCUCCAUGCAACCGUUGCAUGGUCCAACCUCACCACCUCCUCAUUCUCUGAGCAUGCUGAUCUCAACAGCACUUUCAGAGGAGGAUCAUACUUCUGGUUGGUGUCUCAAAACAGCUCAAUAAACCCCACUCAGGCGCCUGAUCCAUUCAGGAUGCGGGACAUGGCUCUGGCUCAAGCGGAGAUUGGAAUUCUGGGUCUGGUUCUCGCUCUGACAACACUAGGAAACAGCUUUGUACUGUGGGUUCUGCUGAGGCGGCGCAAAUACAACGCACCCAUGCACCUAUUUAUGGUCAAUUUGUGUGUUGCAGACCUUGUGGUAGCGUUUUUUCAGGUGCUCCCACAGCUGGUAUGGGUUAUCACAGAGAGAUUUCAAGGUCCUGACGUGCUGUGCCGCUCAGUGAAAUAUCUGCAGAUUGUGGGAAUGUUUGCAUCCUCUUACAUGAUUGUUGCUAUGACAGUGGACCGCCAUAAUGCCAUCUGCUGCCCCCUACAGACUUACAAAGGAGGGGCAGUUUCACGCUGGAAUACACCCAUCAUGGUAGCCUGGGGUCUAGCCCUUGUUCUCAGUGUGCCGCAGGUGUUUAUUUUCUCCAGGUCAGAGGUCUCUCCAGGAGUGUUCGAAUGCUGGGGGCACUUUGCCGAGCCCUGGGGGCUGAAAGCUUAUGUCACCUGGAUGACUGUAGCCGUGUUUGUGGUUCCUACCUUUAUUAUCACCGUUUGUCAGGUACGAAUAUUCAAAGAGAUCCAUGAUAACAUCUACCUGAAAUCAGAACGUGUGGUUUCUGCUGACAUGAAGAAGAACCUGGUCAUUUUUCACUUUCCCAUCUUCAAAAAGCGGGCCAGCUCAGCUAGACUCUCACACAUGCAGAGAGAAGCAAGAGAACCCCAUAAAAAGAACACCAACAGUGGCUCGUCCCAUUCUCACACCUGCAACACUGAGGACGCAGAGCCCGAUUGUUGUGAUCAAUCUUGUCAGGACGGCCACAGUCCCAAUGAUCUAGCCUCACAGACUCAAAGUUCAUCUCCGGAUGUGCUGCCUCACAUUCAGACUCACCCUCACACCAUCUGGAGCAACUCUGCUGUUUCCCAGACAUCACAUGGAUACUCUGUUCCUCACAGGAACACCACUACUGAAGAAUCCAAUACUCCAUCAAACCCCUCUUUCCCACCUUGCCCUCUCCAUCCACCUCUUACAGGUGUGUCGAAAGCUAUGUCUAAAACAGUGAGGAUGACUCUGGUCAUUGUGCUUGUCUAUACGUUGUGCUGGUCACCCUUCUUCAUUGUACAGCUGUGGGCUGCCUGGGACCCCAACCCCCCUGACCAAGGAAUGGCUUUCACCAUCCUGAUGCUGUUAGCCAGUUUGAACUCUUGUACGAACCCAUGGAUCUACACAGCCUUUUCCAGCAGCGUGUCCCGCGAACUUCUCGCUUUACUGCGCUGUCGGCCAACGCUGCCCCGCAGGAGCUCGAUGCAUGACCACUCCAGUGAUAUAAACACCUCCACCACCAAGGACAACCAGCACUGACCCCUACAGAAUAAACUAAAAUUGAGUGUCAGCAGAGGUGGCGAUUUAUGCGGGUGUAACUGUCCUAUGCAUGUGGAAGACAUGUUGUCAUGAGAUAUUGCUACAUCUUCUAUUCAGAGUAGCUGAAGAUGCUAUUUUAACUGUGAAGAGUGGUAUGCUAAUGAGCAAACAGGACCAAUAUAUGACAUAAAGAUCAUUUCAUGAGGAUUUUAUGCAAAAAUCGGACCACUGAUAAUGAUGCUGAUCUCAUCCACCAGAAUAAAGAACAGCUUACUGACUGUCAUAAUAAACUUAAUUACACUCCAAAGAAUACUGAGAUAAUUUAUUAGACAUUAUAUUUUAUUGAAACUGUCCACUAUGUGAGAGGUGGAGAUAAAAGUCUUAACUGCAGAGGAAGAAGAGAUCAAGGCCUUAACCUCAGAGCCAGCAAUUUUAUCCCAUUUAUCAGUCUUUUUCUGCCAUAAGUCUUCUUCAGAUUCACAGCUUGCAUGGCAAGGACUGAGGAAGAAGAUAAAUUAUGUGAUCCAUGCAUCGAAACUACAUCCAGGGGACAGUUCAAAUCUAUGCCAUAAAAAUCCAGGACUAAAAAGUGAUACAUUCAUUCCUUACUGGAUAAAUCUCUGACUUUCAUACACAAUUCAAUACAAAAGGUACAGGUAUAAAAACUGAACACACAUUGACUGAUUUGUAUAUUGUGUCAUAUUGAAAAAUAAGCAGGCUGACCAAGUAAGCAGUGUGCAAAGCAGCAACACUUUCAGUUCCUCAAUAACAGUUUGAAUUAUUUAUAGAGCACUAUUUAAAUUUGUGUAUAUAAUAGGAUAACAGGAAGUCAUAAAGAAUAUAAGAAGAUGGUAAAAGAAGAGAAACUGAAAUGACGUCAGGUUAUACAGUGCCUUGAAAUGAACUGAUGUAUAAGUAGCCUGUACAGAUCCUGUCCUCUGAUACUCUGUAAAAAUCAUUUUCUUAAUCAGUAUUUUUACUUAAAACAAAAUAAUUUGCCAGUGGGGUAAGAAACAUAAACCUCUAAAAAGACAAAAUUUUGCUCAAUUAAAUUUAUCUUGUUUUAAGAAUGGCUAUUUUUACUAGAAAACAACAGCAAAGUACUGAUUAAGAGAAUAAUUUUGUAGCAGUAGCUGAUUUGUCACACUGUUCAUAGGCUUAGAUAAAAACAAAAAAAAAAAAAAAAACACAAGAUAUAAUGUAAAUAAUAGUAAAAACAAUCUAUUGAUACAGAUGUCUAUCUAAAUAUAUUUAUUCUAUAUUUUAAAGAGGAAAAAAUGUCUUUGUCAUAUCUUUGUGAUAUAGUCCAUAAAGAAAAUUUAAAGUAUCACAAUAAAUCACAAAACAAAUUCAAGGCUGUAAGUGUAUGGACUAAUCUAUAAAAAUAAAAAAAAAUCAUAAAUCCUAAUAGUAUUGUGGGGGACACUUUAAUAGUAAUUAAGCAUAUGUUUUUAUUUAUUAUUAUUAUUAUUAUUUUUUUUAUCUAUUAUUUACACUCUAAAUAACCCAUGUUUCAUGUUUCAACCCAUGUUUGGGUCAAAUAUAGACAAACCCAACCCAAUUUUUAAAUUAAAUUUAUAAACCCAAUCUUUGGAUUUGUCCAUAUUUGACCCAAACAAGGGAUGAAACAACCCAGCGUUUUUAGAGUGAGAUAUUUCUUUAUUAAUUUAUCUGUUAUUUAUGUAUUUAUUUCAUUUAUCUUUCAGAUUACUCCAAAUGUGAGCUGUUCUUCAUUUAAAUUUAAUGAUAGUCAAAAAGUAUUGGUUUGAUUCAUAAAAUCAGAAAAAAAGCUUAGAACAAAUGACCCAAAUUAACCUCUUUGUCGAACACAACCAAAACAAAUCACCUUAUUGGUUGAUACAGCACACUCUUCAUGAUUUCUGGACCAUGGAAAAGGUUUACACAACUACUUGAUCUAUAAAUGGUGUACAAAUGUAAGAAACCAAACGCAGUUGUUAGUCUUCACAAGAGUUGAAAUCAGUGCAAAGAGGAAGACAAAUCAGGAGGUCACAAAUAACCCCAGGCUUGCCACCAUGAUGACUAUUUGUCAAAGACCAUCUGGUUGAUCAAUGACAGCUAUUUGAAGAAUGCACUGCAGACAGAUAAGAUGAAAGUUAAACUUACGGCAUAAAUUAGGAUUGAAAGUUUGAUGAAGACAAAAUGCAUCCCUGCAGGAAAAUAUCUCAUUCCAGCCAUAACACAUGGUGAUGAGGUUAUCAUUCGGCAUCUGGACUGUACAAAUGGGCUAAAAUUCUUCACAAACUGAUCUGCGUCUAGUUUAGUUAGUAUAGGCAAUGUUUGCUUGCAUAUAUAAAUUCCCAUAAAUGUCACAUUUGUUAAUUGACUUCUGUAUCUGCAAAUUAACUAAUGCAGGAACACAAUUCUAAGCAUUUCAAAUAAUCUGACUCUUUUUAUGAAGCUCAUACUAAGUCAGAUGCAUUUUAACCUAAUCUUGAAAUCAAAAUGUUAGACUUUAUUAAUGGUUGUGUUUCUUACUGAACUGUGAAUGAAAGUAACCUGUACAUUCCAAAGGAGGACCCUUAAAGAUCAUUUUAAGAUAUUAAAUAUCAUUUGGCAAUGUUCGCAUUAAUGUAAUAUUGUUGCAGUUUUCCUCUUGUUGCUACUACAAUUGUUUUGUACGUUGUAGUGGACUAAGGUAAUGCUAUCAACACCCUAAAUUCAUAUUUAAUUUCUACGUAUUUAUUUAUUUACUUGGUAAGUAAUAUGCAUCAUUACCGUAUACUGUAAUUAUCGGAACCCUCCUUAUAUAUACUUGGACGUUUGAAACUGAUUUGAGCGAUUUCUUUCUCUUUUUUUUCAGCUGUAUGUCGGCAUUUGUUGCAUAAUGACCCAAAAAGCGUUGUAAAAAUUGUACACAAAAACAUACUACUGUUUAUAAGGCUAACAGACAAUUCAUACUAAAACAAAAUGUUUACUUCAUGGAGGAAUAGUAAUUGGAACAUUCUGUGCUCACUUACAAAACCAAAACUAUGUCCUUAAAUGGGCAUCCAUCCCUCUGACAUCAUCAUAUACACAUCUCUUUUGAUCCCAGAUUAUCCCUUGAAUUCUUUUAAAGUCUGUUUCCUCUGAGAACAGGAAAUACAAUGAAGAUCAGUAUUAAACUAAUGUGAACUACUGUGAGCUUUAUUAAACACUGUUUACGUGGCAAAAAUAUACAUCCUUCUUAAAGUGCAAACCUGAAAGUCAGGGUCAUGAGGGACAGAUUUGGAUCCCUGAAACAUUCCUAUAAAUGAAACCAUCAUUUCUUCUCAUCCCGUAGGCUUUGUUGGACAGAGACGCUGUGCUUAUUAAUGGCCAUGGUUUAGGACGACUACAGAAAUCCUGCCAGUGUUAGACGGCGUGCUGUGACUGUGUCCGAGGUCAUUCACUAAUUCACUGCCAUUCUGGCAGUUUUAGAGAUAUAAAGGGGAAAUAGAUCUGUUGAGAGGCUGACCCAUCCAUGAAGAAGAAAUUGGGGUCAGAUAUAGCAUGAAGCUUAUAAAGAAAAUAAAUCAGAAAAAUAUAUGACUCAAUAAACAGCAUGAAGUGACAACAAAGAAUUUAAGCUUUCAAAAUAGUCCAGGAAAGCCAAACCUGGACUGGAGUUCCACUCUGUAAUUUUCCUCUCGGAAUGAUGGAUUCCCAAAUACUACUUUUUUUUUUUUUUUUUGCAAAAGUGGUCCAUUUUGGAGCAAAAGCAUCUUUGGAAUCUGAUAAAUAAUUAUUAUUCCGGCAGAAGAGUCUUUCAUCUAAGUUUAGAUUUUAGAGCCCAAAGUUAACAGUUUUUAUUAUAACGUAUAUUAUGACACUAGUAGUAUAUUAUUCUAGUUCCAUUCUGUGUAACUGUUUGAAAUGUAUCCCAAAAACUAUUUGAGAAAUAAGAAAUAACAGUGUGAAUUUUAUGAAAUAUAAAACCUGAAUGAAUACUUUUGUUGCAUGUACUGAUGUGGUGCAUGGAUGUAUACAACAUGAUUACAAACUAAACACAAAAACAUUAGAACUAGUAUAUAAAUGUUGAGAGAAGGCUGAAAAAAGGAUGUCUAAAUCAGCUGCUGCUAAAGACAUUUUCACACCAGAUCAGAUCGAAUUAUAGGCAGAUCGAAUCAGCCUAUAAUAAAAAGCUGCUCAAAAUAA